AUGGGAGGCCUCGGCGACAUCGCGCGCCACUUUGGCCUCAAAGCGAUCUACGUGCUCGCUGUGUGGGGUGUGACACGCGUCUUUCGCGCUGGCCGUCGACGCUUGCUCCGACAGCUUUCCAACGCCGCUGAGCGUGAUGAGCGUCGCCCACCCCCGACAGCAGCUCAAACCCCGCAGCACAAGCCCGCGCCGAGAUAUAAGGUCUACCACAACCUCACGUUGGAUUACAAGCCCAGCAAUCCGCGAUGGCUCCAGGAGGCCGUAUCCCUGGAUCCAGCGGAUCUGGCCACAGAUCUGUCUUGGCAAUGUCCCAUUUUGAUUCGGUUUCAGACCCUAUCUGCAGCCUCUAUUUCGUACAUGAUCCAUGCGCCCUCCAAGUUUCUGAGGAUGUUGACCCCCCCUUGGUGCCCUUGCCUCACCAUCAUCACCAUCAUCAUCACCAUCAUCAUCAUCAUCAUUACCACCAGCAUCAUCAUCGUCACCAGCAUCAUCGUCGUCGUCGUUGUCGUACUGGCACUUGAGGUCCAGUCCUGGUACCGGCAGCAGCUGGAGGCCCAACCCGUCAGGUUCAUGGAGAUAGUGGCAAUGAAGGGUUUAGUUUGGGCUGUGGCAGAUGCGGCUCGCUUCGUGGGUGCGUGUCCUGCUGACGUGGUGCCCCUGGUCAACGCCACGUCAGCGGUCAACGCUGUGCUGGGCUCCCUGGAGCUCAGGCGGGGCGACUGGGUGCUCAUGCUCAACACCACGUACCCCGCAGUGCAGCUAGGGUUGGAGGAGCUGCUGCGUCCUGAGUUGGUAGUUGAUGCCGUACAGGCCGCCUUAGGGGCCGUGGGCGGCAGACGGCGUGUACGGCUUGCCGUACUGGAUCACGUGGUGUCUUUUCCGCCUGUCGUACUUCCAGUUGCGGAGCUUGUGAAGUUGUGCAAGAAGGUAGGCGCGCGCGUCCUCGUAGACGGAGCUCACGCGAUCGGCAACGUGCCGAGCCUUCAGGUCCCCACCCUGGGCGCGGACUACUACACCACCAACCUGCACAAGUGGGGGUGCAGUCCGAAGGCCGCCGCGCUGCUGUGGGUGGUUCCGGAACAUCAAGACGCCAUGCGGCCGCUGGUAACGUCACAUGGAUAUCGCCUGGGCUUCCGGGUAGCGGGGAUGCUGGCGGUGCAGCUACCGCCGCUACGGGAGUACGGCUGUACGGCGGAGGACUCAGCACGGUUGCAGCGAUGGCUUCGCUACGAGAAAAACAUCGAGCACCCGAGGUGCAACCAGAGAAACCGGCGGAACGAGAAAAAGAGCGGUGUCGUACUUGGCAUGGUGUCGUACUCGCGUGGUGUCGUACGCGCGGGCCAACAUGCAUCUGCUCCAUCUGCACAGCCGUGA